GGGAUUCAUAUGUAUCGUUCGGGAUAGGUGAUUCGUAUGUAAUAUGAAUCGUAUUAUAUGGUUUCGAAACUAACGUAUCUAGUUUCUUCGUCGAUGAAGCCAGUGCACUCGGGCUGCAGGUACUGUACGCACCUAGGGUUUUCUUGCCGAGUAAAGCCUAGAGAAAAGGGGAUUUGAGGUGGCUUACUUAUUCCCUCACGACAAUUUACUCGGCAAGAAUCCAUGAAGCAAGCUGGAGAUGGAGAGACUACUGAAACCUGAACGCUUCGAGGGUGCACAAGACACUACGCCUGCUCAGUGGAACCACUGGCUCUGCACCUUCAAUAACUUCAUUCAGUCUAUAUCUCCUGCACCUGACAAGUUGAAGCUGCUCGUCAACUACAUCUCUCCAGAAGCAUACACCCACAUCACCGACUGCCCAUCAUACGAGGAGGCCAUCAAACCUUUGAAAACUGUGUACGUGAGGCCCAAGAAUAUCAUCUUCGCCCGGCAUCAAUUGGCUACUCGCAGGCAGCAACUGGCCGAGUCCAUCGACACCUUCCUCUUGUCUCUGAAGCAGCUGUCUAAAGACUGUGACUACAAAGACGUGACUGCUGACACCUACACUCAGGAAGCCAUCAGAGAUGCCUUCAUCACUGGUCUCGCCUCUCCUACCAUCCGUCAACGUCUAUUGGAGAGAGAAACUUUGUCCCUGAAUGAGGCCGUACAACUUGCUCGAAGCCUCGACACUGCUCAACGCAACGCUGAAGGAUACUCUUCACCUGUCACUCCAGGGAACGUGUCGGCUGCUCCUGCUCUUACCUCGGAGGCCUCUGUUAACACCACGGACACCGUAGCUGCCGCCUCCCAGUCUCAAUCCUGUUUCUUCUGCGGUGGAAAGCGGCAUCCUCGGUCUCGCUGCCUUGCUCGUGCUUCAGUGUGCCGUAGGUGUGGGAAGACGGGCCAUUACGCCAGCGUCUGCAGGCCUGGCGACCCUGGACGAUCGAGAAGACCUUACACCGCAGUCGCUGCUGCUAUGGAACCUCCUGGCUCUACCUCCCCGGUCCCUCCCUGUGGACACUGCGCCCUGCCACCAACUACUGCCGCCACUCCAGUAUUAGCGUCUGUUACUACGCCGCGGAGCUCUACAAUUCCUAUCAUUUAGUGGUUACUCCUUACCUUCCUGGCUUGCCACACCUGGACCUGUCCUGCUGCGGAAGUUUGUUCGUAAUUCCAAAUCGGAUCCGUUAGUGGAAGAAGUUGAUCUCGAGAGUGCUACACCACACUACGCUCACAUUCGCCAUCCGGAUGGGAGAAGGUCUACCGUCUCCACGAGGGACCUGGCUCCAACCCCUAAGGAACAGACAACCAUGCAAGAGAACAUCAAUGGGACAACACCCACUGAAGAGAUUUCGGCUCCAGAACCGACUUCUACCGAUGACAGCGACGGAGGGGCAGCCACUCCUGACGCUUGUUACCCAGCCUCCGAUGACACUAGACUUCCGGACACAAGAAAAAGCGACUCGCCCGAAACUUCCGAAGAAAGACCUGAACCACUAAGACGUUCAAGAAGAGUCAGGAAAGCUCCGGAUAGACUAGGCGUGUGAUAUGUACAUAAUUAUUUGUAUGAGGGGGAGAAUGUGGUGAUUCUAUAGUUUAAGUUGUCUGUAUUUGUUGGGGUUUUAGUGCUUGUUCGUUUUAGGGAUUCAUAUGUAUCGUUCGGGAUAGGUGAUUCGUAUGUAAUAUGAAUCGUAUUAUAUGGUUUCGAAACUAACGUACCUAGUUUCUUCGUCGAUGAAG